GCGGCAUUUUGGUUGACUUGGAUUGCAAUGCAAAUCGAUAUACAAUACAAAACAAGUACUCAAUUGUUUGGACAAUGUUUUCAAGCAAUGCCUCCAAAGCAUUGAUUUGAAGAUCUGUUUAACCAAUUGGUUGUUAUUAUCUGUUUGUGUCAAUGAUUAUCAUCGCAUUACUUCAUCAACUGCAUUGGUCACAUCACCGAUAAAAUGACGACAACUACCGAUGAAGACAGAGGUCACACUCUUCGUCUUCGUAUUGUUAAUGUUGAUCAUUAUCUGAGUGAACCGACUGUCCGUUUCGAUGAUGUUUACUCUCUAUUCAGAGAGACAGACAUCAAACGAGUGCCUGUUUUGCGUGUUUUCGGUACCACUGAUGAUGGUCGUAAAGCAUGUCUUCAUAUACACAAAGUGUAUCCAUAUUUGAGUGUCAAAUACGACGCCCGACGAGACAACUGCGGCAAUAAAAACGAUUACAUCAAACAAUUAGUGAAUUCAAUGGAGUCUAAUAUUUUCCCACAAAGAGUUCGCACCAGAAAUGUAGCUAAAGAUGUAAACAGUGAUCAACUCGUAUUUGAUGUACAAGAAGUGGAUUCAAUACCAUUUUAUGGUUACCACGAAAACUAUGAAAAGUUUUUGCGAAUUUAUUUCUACAAUCCRUUUAUGAUUCAAAAAGUUUCUGAACAACUACUCUCUGGAGAGAUAAUGGAUCGACAGAUACAACCACAUGAAGCGCACCUCAAUUACACACUUCAGUUUUUUAUUGACAAUAACUUGUAUGGUAUGAACUUUUUGGAAGCAAAACAUGUUAUAUUCCGUAAAACAGAAUCRCUUCCCGAAAAUGUUGAUUAUUCAGACAUUGAACCCAUGAGUUCGUGUCAGUUGGAGUGUGAUAUUGAUUACAGAGAUAUCAUUAAUAGAGAGACAAUGCUAGACAACCAACGAAUACCCGGCUUAGAAGCCAUUUGGAGGGAAGCAUUAAAUAACUGCAAAGAUUCACAAGAAUUGCUUAAUCUUAACGCCAAUCCAUCUCAAGAGAGAACUGAUAUUACAGUUAACGAAAGAGAAGCAAAGCUUAUUCAAGAAUUGUUUGAUGGUUUGGCAAAAUUGGAUAUAAAGCAAGAUUGCAGUCAAAAUAGUGGAUUAUCAUUGCAAUUGUCGUCAUUUAAUGAAGAUAUAAAUGAAAAUGAUUUCGCAGAUAUUGUUGUUAAUUGCAUCGAUGAUAAAAAUGAUGAUCUAAUAAAUAAACAAAUUAGUCGAAACACUAUUGAAGAUGUUAUAAAUGAUUCACAGAAAUCACAAAAGAUAAAACAAAAAUCGAUAGCAAAAAGAAAUAAGAGAAAGAGUGAACAGAACUCAUCCAGAAGACGGUUGGUUUAUAUYAGCUCUACUGAUGGCGAUACAGAUGUUAGCACUGAAAUUGAUGACACUAUCGAUGAGAUAUGUGAACCUAAACUCAGUUAUGUCGACGCCGGUACCCAAACCGACAUUAAGACUGAGUUCGAUAACUCUUUAGAUCCAUUCUUAAACUCGGAACAAGAAGUAGAAGAAGUAGUUUGUGAUUGUGAUUCUGAUGAGUGCUGUGAUCAAUGUUGUGAUCGCGGAUCAGAUCAAUGUGAAUGUGAUUGCGAAAGAUGUGAAUAUGAAAAAUGCAAACGUAUUCCACAAUUGGAUGGUAUGUUUGACUCGGAUUCGGGCUCUGCGUCUGACUUCAAACCGAAUUAUAAAGAAGACUCUGGAGAUGAUUCUGACUUUGAAAUGAGUUCAAAGAAGAAUUCUAAGAAAAAAGGAAAAAAGAGACCACAAACUAGUGGCAGAUCUAACAAACGUAAGAAGAAAUAUUCAAAUGCUUCGGAUUCAGACAAUGAKUUGCUUAAUGAAGUAUAUCGCGAAUCAAAGACUACACCAAAGCGUAGAGCAUCCUCUUCUAAAAGACAAGCAUCUCCUUCACCAUCCAUUGAUAAAGACGAUAACGAAGAUGCCUUUGAGUCGAGUUCGGGUCGAAAAGUAAAGCCCAGCAAAAAUUUAUCGUCACGUCUUUGGGAUCGAUUUAAACCAUCGACAGCUAAAAAAUCAGAGAACGAAACACUUCAUAUGUCGUUCUCUGAAUCAGAAGGAGAAGAGAAAAAUACAACUUUGACUUCAUUUUUAAGUGACUUUUCAGCGAAACCCAAACAGAACUCCAAAGCACAUGCGGAAGACGACAAUAGAUCUGAACGUUCUGUAACUCCAUAUUUGUCUAACGAGUCAGAGGAUGAAAAGCCACCGAAAACGAAAGCGGGACCUAAGUCGUCAAAAUCAGACUCAGUUUCAGCGAGACCGGGACCUAAGUCAUCAAAAUCAGGCUCAGUUUCAUCGAGACCGGGACCCAAGUCGAGUAAAAUAAGUGCAACCAAUUCAAAACCGGGUCCUAAAUCCAGUAAAGCCGGUCCAAAAUCAUCAAAACCUGGACCUAAGUCUAGUAAACGGAGAGAUUCACUAAUUUCUGAUAACGAAUCAGAUGUUGAAUCGGAUUUAUUCACGACAAGCACUAGUAGUCGAUCGCGAAGAAAUACAUCCAAAAGUGUUAAUUAUGACGACACCAUUGAAAGAACGACUUCUAUUUAUACUGAAGAACCUAAAUCUAAAACAAAAGCCACUUCUAAUAGAAGCAAAAGUUGUAAAUCAGCAAAAUCAGAGUUAGAUUCAGCACUUGAUUCCAUCACUUCAUAUGUAACUCCAUAUGAAUCGUCUUCAUAUACCACUGACUAUCUAUCAUCAGAUCUGGUUUGGAAAAUCAUUAACACUGAUAUCAUAUCAUAUGACGGCAAUUAUUAUGACAAAGAUGUAAUAGAAACGGUUGGUUUUGAACAGUUAGACAUCAAAUUUACUCCGGAUUACAUCGUCAAUCCAUAUCUAAGACGAUAUGAAGAAAAUGUUGAUUAUUGGAAGGAAAUGAAGAUAGAAGUCAAACACGAAAUAGAAAAUGGAAUUACAAACACAUCGACCAGAGGUGGCACCAAAAGUAAAGGUGCGCUCAAAGAAUUUUAUACUUUACCGCAAUUAAAUGAUUAUAAAACUGAAAGCAAAACUAAUGAAAAGACAGUUAAAAAAGUAGAGCCUAAGACUCCUAAGACUACUAUUUCUGAUAAAAAAUCAAACAAUAGUACCGUUAAGACGGAUCGAAUUGCGCGCCUACUAACUGAAGCCUCUUAUAUAGUCGAUAAGCCAUUAAGCAAAAGAGUUAGUCAACCAAAAGUGAUUCCAAGACUAAAGAUGAACGGACAUAAGAAACUAUCGUAUCUGAAGUCACUCUGUGAUGACUUUGAGGUUGAUGUUACUAAACUGCCCGAUCAUUAUCGCAAAAGUUAUGCCAAACAUAAGAUAAGUCCACUUUURUUUGAUAACAUCUAUUACAACGACUAUAGCGGACAUCUUUCUAAUGAAGAGAGUCAGGACACACAAGACGUACUCAUUGUUAUGAAAAAUCUUAUCAAUGAUGUCGUCUCUGUUUCACAAUGUGUUGAUAGUGUUGUCAGAGAUAUUGCAAAUGAAUUGGAACCGAAACCAAUGAUUGAUACUCAAGAAGAGGAAUUUUUCGAAGACAUGGAACCAUCUUAUGAGGAUAACGACGAUUGGAAUUAUGAUACAUAUAAUGAAGAACAAGAUGUGAUAGGUAUAGCUGUUGAUGAAAACGGAGAAGCAAUCGGUGCAGUCGAAAGAAAUGUUGAUCCUUUCAGUGAUACCCAAAAGAUAGAAGAGCCUAACAUUCAGGGAACUAACGAUUCAUUGAGUGAGAUAUUAAUGGAAACAUUUGGAAACAAUGAGAAUGAUGUGUCUUAUAAUGGAGAAGCAAAUACUACACAGAAUAAUGAACAAAAUAACGAGAAUUGUWUGAAAAUACAAGUGAAUGARUAUCAAGAAAUUGAAAAAUCAAUUGUMGACAAACCAACUUAUGGUGAAGAUAUCAAUGAAAAUAUAUGUCAAACCUUAGAUGAAUCAAAUGGUAUGUGUGAACAGUCUAAUUCUCCCAUAGAACAGGUUGAUGGCUAUUCCAAUAAUAAUAAUAGCAAUGAAUGUAUUGAACAAAACACUCCUCACUUUCAGUCAAAUCCAUGUGUAGAAGCAGAGGAAGAAGACAAUGAAGAAUCAGAUAAUGAAGAAGAUARCAAUGAAAUGAUUACAGAAAUGAAUUACCAAAAAGAGCAUCAAAUGACUGCUCCUAAUCCUCUGAGACAAUAUCGAAUACAUUCGACUACCGGUGCAUAUGCUAGUGAUGGUUACAAUUAUAGUGGUAAUCAAUCGCAACAAUUUCAACAAAAUCCACUUCAAAAUCCAAUUGUACCAACACUUCCAAUUCAGAACAACAAUUCAUCUACUUUUGUCAAUACCGGGAAUAUUUAUUCGGGUACUCAAAACUGGUCAAACAAUCAACAAUCGAUGCAAUCAAUGGGUGGCCAACAAUUGCAUUAUAAUAUGAGUUCACAGCCAACUCCUCAACCCGAUUGCGAGUUUGAUGUCGAUAACUACUCAUAUAUGCCAUACUAUUCAAACAAUUCAAAUAUUCCUCAAUUUGAUGGUAUUUUUGAUGACGACUCGUUUCAUUCGGAAGGAAAUAAAUUCAAUGAUAAGUAUAGUAUUGACGAUACACUCGAACAUCUGAGUCAAGGUUCAAGAAGUGAAGAAAUGUCAGAAACUGUCAACAAAAGUAUAUCGGAAAGAGUUAAGGAGGCAUUGCUUACGGGAGAUGACGGCCAUAAUGUGGCCAAAGAUAAUGAACGGUAUGGAUAUUAUAUUAAUGGAGUCGUUGUUAAAAUUCCUAAAUCACUUCCAGAGUCAUGUUUGCGACAAUUUGGUCGCGAAGUACUAACAGUGAAGCGUUCCGCUGGUCGUGAGUUUAAUGAAGAGGACGUCAAACAUUUCUUUCAAACACCAUUAAUCGGACACAAAAAACUCCAUUUUCUUCAAUCACUUUGCAAUAAAGAUAUUAGAAUUUGUUUAAAAAGACUUAAUUUUCAAGAUUUUAAUGAUAAACUAAAAAUUAAUUUUCCAUAUAAUUCACAAUUUGUUGUCACUUCAGAUAUUAUUUCAUCGAAACAAUUAUAUACAUUAAAAGAUAAUUUUUGUUCUCAAAAUAAACCAAAUGUUUUAAUUAAUAUUUCCCAAAGCAAUGCCUCCGAUCACUCUGAAUGUAGUGAAAGACCAGUUUCUGACAAAUCUAUCGAAAUGCCCGAUGAAAUACCUGAGAGUCCAUUAAAUGACAUUACAAACCAUGAAACAAAUGAUGAGAUCAGUCAAGAAAUCUCUAGUUUUCAUUUAGAUAAUACACUUUCACCAAAAAUAUUAAAAUCGUUAUCCAAUACACAACUUUCCAAUAAUACAAUAGACAAAGUUUCCACUCCUAUAACAGGCAUAUCAUCUAACUUUAAGAACCACUCGACUCCUGUUAACAGUCAAAAGUGUAAACCAUUUUCACAAACUUUGAAUGAGUCGACCAAAAAGUUUGAUUUUCAAUUAAGUAACGAAUCUCUCAAUACUUCAAAAUUGACACCAAAUAUAUCACAAAAAAGUCGUGCAAAAGCAAAGUCAGCUUUUUAUAGGAAUGAUUCAAUUAUUGAAGGGCCAACCCUUUCCAAUGAGUUUGCCUUUACUAGUGUUGAUGGUAUCUCAACUACGACUACCACUAACAAUGAUUGCGAUUAUCAGUAUUUAACGACAAUGAGUGUGGAGGUUCACGUAUCAACUCGUGCCAAACUUAGUCCUGAUCCACAAACCGAUCCAAUUGAAGCCAUAUUUUAUAGUAUUCUUUGUGAUCAACCAUCAGAUGAUAUAUCGCAAUCAAAAUACAUAACAGGAGUGAUAAUUGUUGAACCGGACAUCGAAAAACUUGAGUUUGAAAACGAUUCAUUUAGUCAAAUACGGACGAGUCGACGGCAGGCACCGCACACUAUAAGCGGUGGUCAAAAUCUAGUCGUAGAUCACGUGGACGAUGAAGUAGUUUUGUUGAUAAAGUUUGUCGAAAUUGUUAAACAAUGGGAUCCMGACAUUGUUGUCGGUUAUAAAGUAGACACACUUUCGUGGGGUUAUAUUCUUAAGAGAGCUAACGUUCUAAAUAUGUCUAUAAUGACAGCCCUUUCCCGUAUUAAUGACGAGACGAAUACAGAGAAUCAACAAAAUAUGAAUUUUUGUAGACUUUGUGGAAGAAUUACAUUGAAUUUGUGGAGAAUUAUAAGAAAAGAGGUUACACUGACUCAAUACAGUUACGAGAACGUGCACUUCCAUGUCCUCCACGAACGCAUCCCUGUCUUUAAUUUCGAGAAACUGACACAACUUUACACAAAUCGUCACAAUCACUACAACAGACGUCGAGUUAUUGAUUACUACCUCACCAGAGCAGUUGGAUCUCUUAGACUUUUAGAUAAAUUAAAUUUCAUUGAGAGGAACAGUGAAUUUGCCAGACUUUUUGGUAUACAAUUUCAAGAAGUUUACUACAGAGGAUCACAGUUUGGCACGGAGUCCAUUAUGUUGAGGUUUACAAAGAUGUUUGAUUAUAUAGCAGUGUCUCCCAGUACACGACAAGUGCACAGUCAGAAAGCAAUAGAGCACAUCCCUAUGGUUCUGGAGCCAUACUCUAAGUAUUAUAGCGAUCCAGUUGUUGUACUCGACUUUCAAAGCCUAUACCCAUCAAUGAUGAUUGCAUACAAUUACUGUUAUUCAACGUGUUUGGGUCGAGUCGAUCAACUGAUCCAAAACAACGAUACCUUUGAGUUCGGUUGUCUGAGUCUUGAAGUAAAAAAACAAUUGCUUUAUAAGUAUCGCAAUGAUAUACAUAUAUCACCCAAUGGUGCAGUAUUUCUCAAAAAAUACGUUCGCACAGGAAUUUUACCAAAAAUGUUAGAAGAAAUACUUGAUACCAGAGUUAUGGUUAAGAAUCAGAUAAAAGCAAAUAACAGAAAACAAUUGCCAAACAAAGCAUUACACAGAAAACUGGACGCCAGACAACAGUGUCUCAAAAAUAUGGCAAAUAUGACGUAUGGCUAUACGGGCGCCAGCUUUUCGGGUCGUAUGCCUUGUGUUGAUAUUGCCGAUGCUAUUGUAUCCAAAGCUCGUGAAACACUUGAAAGAGCUAUAAAUUUGGUUGAGAGUAGACCUGAUUGGGGAGGAAAGGUUGUCUAUGGAGACACAGAUAGCUUGUUUGUGCAUUUUCCUGGUUUGUCGAAAGAGGAGGCAUUUAAAAGGGGUCACGAGAUCGCCGAAGAGGUCUCGCAAUCAAAUCCAAAGCCCGUAAGACUAAAGUUUGAAAAAGUAUAUCUUCCGUGUGUUUUACAAACAAAGAAAAGAUACGUUGGUUUUAGCUAUGAAUCACCCGAACAAACAAUACCUAAAUUUGACGCAAAAGGUACUGAAACUGUAAGACGAGAUUCGUGUCCAGUAGUGGCGAAACUUUUAGAAAAAUCUUUACGGAUAUUGUUUCAAAAAAAUGAUUUAAACGAAGUGAAACAAUAUCUGUUUCGACAGUUCCAGAAAAUAUUGGACGGAAGGGUAGAUAUAUUGAAUGACUUUGUCUUUGCGAAAGAAUAUAAAGGAAUCGAGAAUUAUAGCGAUAAAUCACACGUGCCUUCGGUCGAGAUUACUAAACGCAAACUGGCAGCUGAUCCCAAUUGUGAGCCCAUGUUUAAGGAACGGGUGCCAUAUGUUGUCAUUUGUGGCGCUCCUAAUGAUUCACUUUAUAAGCUAUUUAAAGAACCGUUAGAACUGAUCAAUGAUCCAUCUCUUAGACUUAAUGCUCAGUAUUACAUUGAACGGGCAAUUAUACCGGCAUUGAGUCGGGUAUUUGAUCUAAUUGGACAUAACGUUGGCGAGUGGUAUCGGGAAAUGCCUAAACGUAUUCAUUAUAAUCGCUAUCAAUAUCUGUUGGGACGCCAAAAGUCGGCGUCGAAGACAACAAUAACACAUUUUUUCAAUACAACUCAAUGUAUUGUUUGCGACUCUAAUAGUAAAGGCAAAGACUUUUGCGAAGACUGUCAGCGAAAUCCUCACGAAUCGAUUCGUUCAGUGAAUAACAACAUCAGAAACAUUCAACUAAAUUAUAAACAAGUCGUUGAUAUUUGCAAACAAUGUACCGCUUCUAUGGGUACAGACAUCGACUGUCAGUCCAUUGAAUGUCCAAAUCUGUAUCGCUAUCAACAGUCAAAACUCAAUCUUAUGAAUGCUAACUAUUUGAGUGAAGUUUUGCAAAAGUAUUUUUGAUAAUUUAUAAUAUAUCA